UCGAAUCGGAUGUUAGUGGUGGGAAAUAAGAAGGUUUACAAACAAGAAUCAAUUUCACUGGUUAUAUUCAGCUGAAAGUUUGUUUUUUCGUGAUACGAACAGCUGUCCAGCAGGUUAGGUUGAUCAUCAAACCUCACGAGCAUGCUUACUACUAGUAGUAGUACUAGUACUACUACUACUAUUAGAGAUGUCGUGUAUGCUACAGAGGUCACGCUCGGGUCCCCAGCCAUAGACACUAAUCUAGGAUUUGAAUAAACAAUCGAUAGCAAUACGGUACCUAGCUGAAAAGUGUUGGAGCAAUGGAGGCGCCGAUGGAUGAUGGUUCGAUGGCACUUCACAGAUGUACUGUGUGUUGGGAGUGUUUUACGAGUGAGCUAGAGUUUGUUAGCCACUCGAGGCUUUUUCAUUGCAUAAUGCUGAUCAGCCAGGGGGAGAACACAGCUGUUGAUGACAACUACACUGCUGACCACAAGCAAGCAUUCCCGUGUAAAGCGGACGUGCGCAGGUUCGGUCGCACGAAGACACAGAGACCAGAACCAAUCGCAGUAUUAUACAGGUGCCGUGCGUGUGAACAGUGUCUUCUGCGACAGUUUGAGUAUUACACACAUGCACUUGAGAAACACUGCAAGGUGCUAGCCUGCUCUGGAAGCUCAUUUGAUGAUGAGUCAGAAGAUGCUGAGGGUUGUGAUGGGUCAAGAAACAUGAAUUCUAGCUCUAGCAGCAUCUGUAGGGACGGCAAUACCCAAUUGCAGAAAACUAUAAUUUCUGUUGAUGACCCUAUUGGGAUGUGUAGAAAGAGGAAAGCCAGUUUCAACCCGAGUUUAGGCAGGCAACGUGCCAAAAAGAAAAAAAUACAACACAUGGCUGAGAAGUUGUCAAAAGUACAUGUAGGAGUGUUUGGCGGACUGAAGGACCAUAAUAGUGUUGACCCCAAUAGACUAUCUGCUCCGGAUGUUAACAGUACAGAACUGAAUGAAGACAGUUUUAGCAGUUUGUCCACAAAUGGAGACAAAAACUGUAAGGAGAAUACGAUAUACCAAGCAAGGCUUCAUUUAUGGCCUGUUGUUGGCAGGCCACGAAGAAGUCAUAAUACUAGGUUGAAAUUGUAUGGAAACUACCUCUUAUCGACCUCACGUGAUAAAGAUCGUGUACAAAAACAUAUGUGCGAUGUUUCGCUAUCAGCUGUAGAUGAUUGUGUUGAUUCACCACAAGUGGACAGUUACAGCAAUACACCUCAAUUGGAUGUAUGCACCAAUUUGUCAAAAGUAUCUGGUGGCACUAGUGCAUCACAAAUAGAUCAAUGCACCAAUUUGUCAAAAGUAUUGGGUCAAUGUGCAAGACUGCAAGUGGAUGUCCACACUAUUACUCCACAAGUGGAUGUACACACCAAUACAUCAAAGGUAUGGGUGAACACUAGUACACUGCAAGUGGACUGUCAGACUAGUACUAGUAUACCACAACUGGAUGGCCACACCAGCCAUACGAUUACAUCAAAAUUGGAUGAUGACACUAGUAUGCUGCAAGUAGAUGGUUUAACGAAUACACUACAAGUGGAGGGUUACACUAGUACCAGUAUGGUACAAUUGAAUGGUCAUACCCAUACCAGUAAGCCUCAAGUAAAUGGCCAUACCAGUCAUGCCAGUACAGCAAAAGUGGAUGGUCACACCACUACACCAAAAGUGGAUGGUCAUGCUGGUACACCACAAGUGAAUGGCAAUACAAGUACCUGUAUACCACAAGUGGAUGACCAUACCAGUAAUACGAGCAUGUCAAAAGUAGAAGGUCACGCCAGUACACCACAAGUUGAUGUACACACCAGUACAUCAAAAAUCGAAGGUCACACUAUACAACGAGUUGAUGGCUGCAUCAGUACACUGCAAACAAAUAGACAGGUGAGAGCCAGUUGUAAGAAUAGCCAUAUAGGCAGUGUUAUCCAUCCGGCAGUAACAACGACCACACAUCGUGAGGUUGGAGGCACGAAAUCCAUUGGUAAAAUGCUACUUGACAGCGAUUUGAAAACGUUUGAGACAUCGGAAUGCUUUCGAUGCUCAUGGCGCCUCGUCGGCAGACCUGGUCAAAGUAGAAAUCAAAUUGCGUGUCGUGUUAACUACUUGUUAUCCGCUUCAAACGAUGAUGCACACAGCAGCAUUCAGAGGGUGGAGGACCAUAGUGGACACGGGAGUGCAGAGAAAUGUGAUGCCGAUGCAGCACUCAGCUCGACGGUUCAUGUGGUGUUAAUGAAGCUGUCACACUGAAUAACGCAUCUAGCCGUGACAGCGAUGUAGUAAUCCUGACAGUAACACUGAAAAAGCCCGGCAUGGAACGUGCCCCCCGGGAAGAAACCGCUGAGGAGGUUAAUUAUGAAACACCGUGCUGCGGAAGUGAAUCUCAAUUUGGAAAUAGCAGUGCUGGAAACUCAGCAGAACAGAAGGCUAUCGUAGCUCCUGCAAGUGCGUCAAGUGUUGGCAGUUCAUUGUACGAAUCUAGAAGCAGUGGUUUGGAAGAGCCAUCUGUCCUUCAAGGAACUGCCUCUGUUGAGCGAACCCAGAAUAAUUUGACCAAAUUAUGUAAGAAACGUCGACAAAAGAAGUGUAAAACGUGUUGCUGAAUUUUUGAUGCCGAAUAAUUUUUUAUUUUGAGCUUGGACGAGCAUCUAACGGAAAUUCUAUGGAAAUGAUCAGAUAACGGAUUAAGCAUGAAAAAAUUUAAAUGGUAACUUGUAAAUUUGUUCACUUUCUAUACUUUUGUGUAGUCGCAGUUUUUUUCAUUUUCUUGAAUGUUCUCUUGUCAGUUGUUCAUUGACUGCACUGUAGAGAUAGUAUUUUAGAAAUGUAUAUUUUGCAUAUAAUUAUAAAUAAUAAAU